UGCAAUCAGUGUGGAAUGUGAGUUCCGUCCACGCGGUUGUGAAAAUAUGAUUGCCUUGUUGCUGGUUCUGGCCGUGAGUGCGCUGCUGCACUGGCUCUACAGGGCCAACAAGGAUUACCAUGUUCUGUCCUUCUUCACCAAACGAAUCCGGUCGAAAGAUGGAACCCCGGUGGAGAUCAUCGCUCCCACGCCAAGAGGCAAAACCAUAUUCGGCAACACCUUCGACUUGUAUGGACGAGAUCACGCUGGUGUUUUCAAUCACUCGCGUGAGCGUGCAAAGGAAAUGGGUACUAGCUACAUAGAAUAUGCCUUUGGAACUGCUAUUUAUAACAUUAUCGAUGCUGACAGCGCGGAAAAUGUGAUGAAUCAUCCCAAUCUGAUAACCAAGGGGCUCGUCUACAACUUCCUACAUCCAUUCUUAAGGACGGGUCUAUUGACAUCGACUGGCAAAAAAUGGCAUGCUCGCCGCAAGAUGCUCACCCCGACAUUUCAUUUCAACAUAUUGAACCAGUUCCAGGAGAUCUUUAAAACGGAGAGUCAAAAGUUCCUGCAACAAUUCGAGGGUCAAGAUGAGAUAACCAUAUCGUUACACGAAGUCAUUCCAAGAUUUACUCUAAACAGUAUUUGUGAAACCGCCAUGGGCGUAAAGCUGGACGAGAUGGCCGAGAAGGGGGAUCGAUACCGGGAGAACUUCAGCCAGAUUGAGGAAUGCUUCAUUCGUCGCUUGAGUAACCCGCUUUUCUGGGGCGACAAGCUCUUCAACAUAUUUGCUGCCAAGGACUACGCCUCCGCCCUCGAUGUGGUUCAUGGUUUUUCCAGCGAGAUCAUUGCCAAAAGGAGAGUUUUGCUCAAGGAUGAGCUCGACAAAAAUCCAAGCACCCAAACCGGUGAUGAUGAUGGAUUUGUCUCAAAGAAGAGAUUCGCCAUGCUGGACACCCUAAUCCAUGCUGAGAAGGAUGGUCUUAUCGAUCACAUUGGCAUUUGUGAGGAGGUGGACACUCUGAUGUUUGAGGGCUACGAUACGACAUCGAUUGGCCUUAUUUUUGGUCUAAUGAACAUGUCCCUGAACCCUGACAAGCAGGAAUUAUGUUUCCAGGAGAUUCAAGAGCACAUAGAUGAUGACCUAAGUAACUUGGAUGUUAGCCAGCUGAAUAAGCUCAAGUACCUAGAGUACUUUAUGAAGGAAACCAUGCGCCUGUUUCCCUCGGUACCGAUUAUGGGUCGUGAAGCCGUCCAGGAAACUGAACUGGCCAAUGGACUGAUCCUGCCGAAAGGCGCACAGAUAACCCUUCAUGUGUUCGAUAUUCAUCGCAACGCCAAGUACUGGGAUUCCCCUGAAGAAUUCAGACCGGAGAGAUUCCUACCCGAAAAUAUCCAAGAUCGCCACACCUACGCCUAUGUUCCAUUCAGCGCUGGUCAAAGAAAUUGUAUUGGUCAAAAGUAUGCCAUGCAGGAGAUGAAAACGCUAAUGGUCGUCCUUCUGAAGCAGUUCAAGGUUCUGAAGGCUAUCGAUCCGCAGAAGAUUGUAUUUCACACGGGUAUAACUCUGCGCACCCAGAACAAGAUCCGCGUAAAGCUUGUGAGGCGAAAGUGUUUGCGGCUGCUGGUGAUCUCAGAGAUCAGUUUGGUGGGACAGAUCCGCGGAUGCGGUUGUCUAAUAAUGGUUUUUUUGUGGCUCGUCGGAGCUUCCAUUGUGCUACUUCAAUUGAUUUAUAGGCUGAACAGGGACUACUGCAUUCUUGGUUUCUUUGCCAAGAGAAUUCGAACCAAGAAUGGACAGCCCCCGGAAAGCAUUGCUCCCUUGGUGAAGGGCAGUACCAUAUUUGCCAACAGCUUCGACUUGUAUGGCAAAGAUCACGCUGGGAUUUUUAAACACUCCCGUGACUGUGCACAAGCACUGGGCAAAAGCUACGUGGAAUACGCAAUAGGAACGGCCAUCUACAAUGUUAUAGACGCGGAUAAUGCGGAACAUGUGCUUAAUGAUCCAAAUCUAAUAAACAAGGGAACAGUUUACUAUUUCCUCCAUCCAUUUCUGAGAACUGGUCUGUUGACAUCCACAGGAAAAAAGUGGCAUGCACGACGGAAGAUGCUUACCCCAACUUUCCAUUUCAACAUAUUAAAUCAGUUUCAGGAAAUUUUAAUAACGGAGAGUCUGAAGUUCCUACAUCAAUUUAAAGACAAGGAUGAGGUAAUCAUCUCCUUAAACGAAGUGAUUCCCAGAUUUACUCUUAAUAGUAUUUGCGAGACGUCCAUGGGCGUUAAGCUGGACGAGAUGGCCGAGAAGGGGGAUCGAUACCGGAUGAACUUCAGUCAGAUCGAAGAAUCUUUUAUUCGUCGCAUGAGUAACCCACUUUUAUGGAGCGAUACACUUUUCAAGAUGUUUCCCGAAAAGGAUUAUGCUUCUGCCCUCGAUGUGGUCCAUGGAUUUUCAAGCGAAAUUAUUGCCAAGAGGAGAGAGCAGCUAAAUGAUGAGAUGGAUAACAUACGAAACACCCAGACCGCUGAUGAUGAACUAUCUACAGCUAAAAAGCGCUUUGCCAUGCUGGAUACCCUUAUUCAUGCUGAGAAGGAUGGCCUCAUCGAUCACAUUGGCAUUUGUGAGGAGGUGGACACUCUGAUGUUUGAGGGAUACGAUACUACCUCAAUUGGGCUAAUUUUUGGACUAAUGAACAUGUCUUUAUAUCCGGAUGAGCAAGAAAAAUGCUUCCAAGAGAUUCAAGAACACAUAGAUGAUGAGUUAACCAACUUGGACAGCGGGCAGUUGAACAAAUUAAAGAACCUGGAAUACUUCAUCAAGGAAACCAUGCGCCUGUAUCCCUCUGUUCCCGCCAUGGGUAGAGAAACCGCGCGGGAAACGGAGUUGGCCAACGGCCUCAUCUUGCCGAAGGGUUCCCAGAUUGCUGUUCAAGUCUUCGACAUCCAUCGCAAUCCCGAGUACUGGGAUUCCCCCGAAGAGUUUCGGCCGGAGAGAUUCCUACCCGAAAACUCGCAGAACCGGCACACCUACGCCUAUAUUCCAUUUAGCGCCGGUCAGAGAAAUUGCAUAGGUCAAAAAUUUGCUAUGCAGGAGAUGAAGACCCUAAUGGUGGCCGUACUGAAGCAGUUCCAAAUUCUACCGGAAAUUGAUCCAAAGAGUAUUGUGUUUCAGACUGGCUUAACACUGCGGACCCAGAACCAAAUUCACGUGAAGCUCUUGAGGAGAAAGUGAAGCAGCUUUAAAGGAAUGGAUUUGUUCACGGAACUCUGUUAGUCAUAAAGACCAAUGAACAAUAGUUUCACCCAAA